GUACAUUUUAGGGGAAUACCCAUGCCGUGAUUGCACAAUCUUGCUGGCUUUUUUUUUUGUGUGAAAUAAUUUCCUCUUAAGCAAAACACAACUCAGUUUAACAAAUGUUCACCUUGCGUCGAGACCUGUGCAUAUGUAGGUGCAUGCGAAUGUUUGCAUUUGUCUGUUGGAAAGUACACAUACAUGUACAUGUACAUGUAAAGAAGCUAAAAUUGGAGUGGUUUUAGCUGUUGAUGAGUCACAUUGCGUACUGUGGAAUUUCACCUAUUGGGUUCUGGAUAUCGCUGACGAACAAACACACACUUGUAGGCCGAUGAAAUCUGCUGCUCUGUCGACUUGGUGAAAUCAGAAAGAUAAACCCUAAGUUUCAAUCAUGGAGCCUUUGUUCAUGAGCAAAAAGGAAUGCCAGCAGUGGCUGAAGAUUGUCAACAACGAAGAGCAGCACCGGCCGCUCGUCCGGACGUUGAGGAUGAGAGUAAUGGCGCCUUAUCUGUAUGGCGCGGACUUUUUACCCACAAAAUGGCGCACGUGGAUGGAAGAAGCCAAAUUUAAAUCUUAUGUAGAGAAAUGGAUAGAAGUUGAAACUAUUGACGUUGAAGAUUACGAAAAAAUAGAUCUAAUUAAAGAUUUACUCAGCUUGCUGUCCUCACAGAUUAUAACAAAUGGUGUUGAUUUUCAACGGUUCAUGAAUUUAGCAGUAAGAAUGGAUAAGCAAACUAGUUUUGCAACAGCAAGAGCUUUAGCUGAAGAAGAAGUAUCUUUUCAAAGACUUUGGGUACGGCAUUCUCCAACAACAGAACAAUCCAAAGCCGCUCUUAUGAUGGUUGUCUUUUCCUAUAUUCAGUUUGCUUGUGAUACGGUUAAAAAGAGAGACCAUCACGAGGAAAUGACAAGAUUAAUACGGGAGGACAGAGAGGCCAUUGAAACAUAUAAGAAUAACGGGAAUAUGGAACAUAAGGCAGAGCAUUACUCCAAAGCCAUCUACCAGUAUGGCAAGGCCAUCCGCAAGAAUCGCUACGAUGAGAUACUCUACAGCAAUCGCUCCAUGGCUUUCCUUAAUCAGAAGAAAUUUAAGCACGCCCUGCUGGACGCCAAGAGGGCGAUCACUCUUAAUACUACCUGGUCAAAGGGCCAUCACCGGUUUGCCCAGGCCAUGUUUGAAUUGGGCUACCAGAAGCGUGCCAUGCAGUCCAACGCCGACGCCAUCGUACACUGCAAGACGUACAAUCCGGAAGACCCUUACAUCAAGGAUCUAGAGGUGCAGCAGGACUGGUUUCAGGUCAAGCAGACAGAGAGCGUGGCGCUGGAUGACGUGCCCGAUCUCGUCGAUCCGUCCAGCUCCGACUCGGAGGAUAGCGACAUGGAUUCAGAUGAGAAAACCAAGAAGGUGGAAAAACAGAAGCAAAAAGUCCAAGAGGAGAAAGCCAAGCUACGCAAGAAGAACCUGAUGGCCCUGGACGACAACACAGGCCUGAUCAAGAUCCCCAAGGCCCUGGUCAAGGCCCCAGAGACCACCGCUAAGGAACGCCAGGAGGAGGAAGAUAGGAGACGCAUCAAGAAGGAGAACAAAGAGAAGGAGGAGGCUGAGCGACUGGCCCGGAAGCAGAAGGCGGAUAGGCAGAAGGAGGAAGACGAAGCCCGACGGAAGGAGCGAGCCAAGCAGCAGGAGAGGAAGAGACGAGAGGCGGAGCUGAAGAGACAGGGGGAUGAGCAAAUGAAUGUUGUAAAGCGUCAGGAGAGUGAAUUGGAAAGGCUGCUCCACCUGGGCUCUGAGGCCAUACUGGAGCAGCGUGGCCGGCAGGCCUUCGUGUACUACAAGCAGGCAACGGACUACAUCACCAAUUCAGCUCUAGAGUAUGGGGGUCUGUGUGAGGAGGACUAUGUCACGUUCCUGUAUGCUUACGGCAUGGCCUGCCUGGAAUCCGGCAUUGAUGAGGAGAUUCUUGACGCAUCCAACAAGUUCGAGAUGAUUCUGGAGGACCACAGCAGAAUCCGCUCCCCGCUUCCCAGCUACGGUCUCAGCUAUGCACUGUUCAAACAAAACAAGUUCAGUGAGGUGUUUGAGCCACUGAAGAAAGCCAGGCACAUGGUGGAGCAUUUCCCCAUCGUCGUGGAAACCUGGCCCGGCACGAGGCGCAAGAUCAAAGAAACGGAGGAAGGACAGAUGAAGAUUGCCUUGGAGAAGCUGGAGGACAUCUGCCGUAACCCCCCGUCCCCUGACGCCGUCUGUCGCCUGGACUCCUGCCCCUACAAGCCGGAGAUGUACCUGACCGACGUGGGUUUCAAGGGCUACGUCAAGGUCCAGUGUAGGGAGAGGUGUCACAUGGACUACCACAUCGCCUGCUGGAAGAAGAUUAAGGCAGAGGAGUACCCCGACGUCACCCAUCAGAGGGAGCUCUUGACAAAGAAUUGUCGCACCCCGGACUGUGAUGGCGUCUACAUUAGUGUGACUAUCUACGGCCCAGAUGGACUGCCCAAAACAGAGCAACAAUUGGAAGAGGCUGUCAAAACGAAGGAGAAGAAGAACAAAGGAGUGAUGAGCAAGCAGCAAGCUAAGAAAAGCCGCAAGUCACAUAAACAGGACCCCGCCAAGAAGCUGAAGCAUCAGGAGAAAAGCCAAGCAGACGAGGAGAACGAGACUGAAGACCAAAACAAGAGAGCGGAGGAUGACCACGGAACCAUGCUGGGGUUGGAGUUGCCACGCCCACCCGCUGGGGACGCCUCCUCCGUGGCCAGCUUCAACACCGGGGACGGCGACGAGGACGAUGAAGAAGACGAUGAGGAGGAUGAAGAUGAAGUGCCAGUCGACGCACAAUACGUCCUGAAGAAGGAUGACUUUGAGGAGGAACCUGUGAACAAGCCGGUCAAAUCCAAAUCUCGAAAGAAGAAGGGAAAGGACAAGACUUCCAUGCCCAUCGAGUUCAAGUUCUCAGACGCUGCGGAGCGCAUGAGGUUUUCCUCGGGGCAUGCCGAGGAGGCCAACGGGCAACUAGCAGGGGCCAGAUCCUACCCAGCUUUGGACCCCAACAACCCGUUUGCCACGCCAGCACAUCUCAAAGAAGCAGCAAGCGACUUUGAGAGUGUCUUCAGACCGACCCAGCUGUCUGAAGUCGCCAUCGCCGGCGCCAAGUCCGAGGAGGAAAAAAGCCAAAUCACAGUUUUACACAUGCACUUUGAAGAUUUUCUGCAGCGUCUUGGUCCCGUCCCCAUCACAGACACGCGCCUUGGCGACGAGCUCCAACAGAUGCCGCCCGACCUACAAGCUGUUGUGCACCGCUACGGUGGGCUUGGCGCUUUCCUCCUGGAAUCUCCAGUCUUUGGGAUGGUGGAGGACUACGUUUGCCUCUUAAGAGACACAGACAAGUGCCAGGAGAUGGUGCAGGAAAGCAAAGCACUGAAGGCUGGGAAUUUGCCCGCCUCACCCCAGCCCAAGACUCCCAACCGUCCCUCUGGUUGGAACAAUGCCACGGCCAAUUUGAAGCCCGAGGACUUUCCCGCAAUCGGCGCGGUGCUUGCCGAGGAUGCCACUCAGCAUCAGAAAGGAAAGAAGCAACAAGGUGCCGCGUCAGUGCCAGCACCUGCCACCGAGCCAGAGAAGGCCAAGGCCCCCAAGGAUUAUAGCCUGGCGGAGCUGGAGAUACUCUAUGCAGACAAUCCUGAGAAGAGGGAGAGGCGCAAACGGGAAGUACUGAAAGACGUUAAAAAAGGAUACGAUGAUGCCAAGGAUCUAGAUGUCACCGACAGUAACGCCGUUCGCCAGGCCUUUAUCAAGAACCCAGAAAUGUGUGGGGCGUUUAAGUUACUCGAAAGUGUCAAAUACUAUGCAGAAUUGGAGCAGUUAGGAGAUAAACUCAAGGAAGAGGAUAAACUUAAAGAGGAGCAGCGAGUCAAAGAGGAACAGCGAGUCAAAGAAGUGCAGCGGCUCAAAGAGGAGCAGCGAGUCAAAGAGGAGCAGCGAGUCAAAGAGGAGCAACGAGUCAAGGAGGAGCAACGACGCAAAAAUGUGAAAAUGUUAGAAUUCCAGAGACUCGCACAAGAGCGAAAGCGUGCAGCUGAGCAGUCCCUCAAAGAGGAGCAGCGUCUCAAAGAAGCCCAAAGACUCAGUGAGGAAGAAAGACUCGAUCACGAGCGGCGACUCAGAAAUGAGCAGACAAUCUUAGACUUUACCAGACUUCAAGAGGAACGAAAACGUGAGGAGAAGAGGAUUGAAGAGGAACGGCGACAAAAGCAUGAACAAACAUUAUUAGAGAUGCGUAAAAAUAUCUCAGACGAUCAGGAAUACGAGGAGCGGAAACGCAAAUUAGAAGAACGGUUUCAAGCGGACACGCCCAAGAAAGAACCCAAGAAAGAACCAAAAGGUAUCCAGACUAUGAUUCUCACCAAGGGAGGCAUUCUGAAUUCAUUUUUUUCACUUGACAAAUCGCUCAAAGAGAAUCUAGAACGCGAUAAGAAUGUUGCCCAUUUAGCAAAAAAUUUACCCGUUGCCAAAACCAGUCCCAAGUCGAAGGCUAAGAGCCGUGCCUCUUCAGCUUCUGUUUUUAUAGCCGAUACUGGAGCCUUUAUACCAAAUUCUGCUAGGAAUGUUGUUGAUACAGACUCUAAAUCGACUGAUAAGAAAGAGGCAACUCAGCCUAAUGUCCCUAGUGUUAAACCAGAAUGUAAGAUUGUUGAAUUAGAACAGCCCACGGAAUUACAAUUGCAACCUGUUACUCAAACUGGCAAUGCUGAUCGUGCCGAGAGUGGUUUUUAUUCGUCCAGCACGAGCGGGGAAUCCUCUCUGAGCUCUCUCAGAAGCGAGAUGUCUACUGAAUACUGGGACUCGCAGAAUGUUUCUGGAGCCCCUCUCAGGCUAAAAGAGAAUGAAUAUCAGCCCACUGUGCCCAAACAGAAUGGCAUUGACGGCAACGACGACUGCAACAAAGAUUUGGAUGUGGAAAGUGUUCUUGAAUCCUUGCUGGAUUCGAACCCCGUACCAGAUGAAGGGACGUGCGUAGACACGGCCUCUGGCUUCGCAAACAAUCCAAAUCAAGGUGUAGAACGCCAACAUGAACCAGCUGACUCGGACAAACCUUCUGACAUAAGUAAUCCCACCUCCGAUCCCACCGCUGACACCAAUACUGCCGCCUCUGCCACCAGUAACAAUACAAAUGGAGAAUCUGGUGCAACUCCAAGUAAUCAAGGAAACUCCCCCGGCAGCGUGGUCACCACCGAAAAGUAUAAUGACCUGUGGAGGAAAUACACACAGCUGUACAAUGCUUUAAAAUGUUACACCGACAGGAAGAAGGCUAUGAAGAGUUCAUGGACUCAAUGUCCGAAAGUGGUGUUUAAAACUCGCGGCAUCAUGACUGGGCCCGAUAAGAUCCUAGAAGAAUCGAAGAACAAUGAAUUCCGUUUACAGAUGAAUUUAAAAGAUAUCUCUGAGAAGCACUCACGUCUGAGGGACAGAUACGACACUGACACGUCUCGCCUCAGAGAUGAAACAAAGAGACUUACACAGGCAUAUGCAAAAUACGAGGCCGAGCAUAAGCAGAUUAGUCGUCAGCUCCUGGAUAGUAAGAAGUCUCAGGAAGCGGAGAGGAUUCACUUCCAGGAGGAGCUGCAGAAGAAAGACACUCAUAUCCGCGGUCUAGACAGCAAGAUGGCCAGUCUUACAAGGCAGAUGACCUCCAAAGAUGAACUGUUCGAGAGUUCGCUGAAGACAAUGAAUUCAGAAAGGGACUUGUGGACUGCGGAGAAGCUAAAGUUGGAGGAGGCGGCAAGCAGCCUGGAGAAGGCCCAGCAGUCGAUGCUGAGACGAUGCCAAGACGCAGAGAUCAGCGUACUUCGCCUGCGCUGUGACAAGGAUAUCGCACCCCUAGAGAACAUCAUCCAAGAGUGUCGGUUCCACAUCAGCAGUUGCCAGAAUGUCAUUGAGAGGAGUCCUAAUGUCGCUGACAGUUUCAGGGAAUUUGGUGGAGCAUGGGAGAAAUGUUUGAGAGAGAACAGGGCUCGACUGAAUGCACACAAGGCUAAGUACGACGACCUCGUUCACCAGAUUAAAGCCGGCUUCUCUCUCAACCAGCUUGAGCCCCCAAAACCAAUCAGACCUGCCAAGCAACCGCAAGCACCUCAAAUGCCAUACAGGGGACCCCCAGGGGUAGGAGUACCCUUUGGCCCCCGCAUGGAUGGCCCCCGCGCCGGUGGCCCCAGGGUCCCCCCAGGUGCACACGGCCAACCCAUGCCCCCGCAGAAUCAGAUGCCGCCGAAAUCGGUGGCAGCUGCGGGAUUCGCCAACCACCAGCAUCAUCAGCAGCAACAGCAACAGCCAGAGCCUCCUCGCCCGGAAUUCAAUGCCCUGGAGGACAUCCGGGCUCCGAUGCCAGAGCGGGAAGCCACUCCCCCUCUUGUGCCGGUGUCCAUGGGUGCCCCCACCCAGGUGCCCGGGUAUCCAGGGGCCCAGGCCCAGCCCGUGGAAGGGCCCCCACAGCCCCCGAAGGCUGCCCCCGUCCCGACCUGGCCCGUGUCACUGGCCCACAUGCAGUCCAACCAGCAGCCGUCCAUUACCACCAGUGUACGAAUGCCAGGAUACAGCAUGCCCCCAGGUGGGCAGUUUCAGGUGCCGCAAGGGGUACCGCAACCCAUCAGACAGCCCCCAACGACAACAAUGACUUCAAACGCUCUCAGCGGUUCACAACAGAUGUCAACCGUGGUCUCCCAAGGUGUACCCAGGCCCAAGGCCCCGUCCCCGCCCGUCACCCAAGGGGCGGGUGCUGACCCCGCAGCCCAGUCCACCGUGCCCCCUGGCCCGCAGCCCAGGUCCAACUUUGAGAAAAUCAUCUUCCCACUGCACAACAUGUUCCCUGAGUACAACAAGGUGCAGCUGACCAAAGUAAUCAAGGAAGUCCGCGCAGCCAACAAGGGUUCUCUGUCGGGACUGUCUAUUGAAGAGAUCAUCCAACGAGCCACUGAGCUCAUAGUCGGCCAGCAGAGGAACGCGGCUCGACUACAGAGAAUGCAGCAGCAAGCCGGCCGGCCUGGAGCAACCCUGUCCCUGCAGCAGCAACUAGCCGGACCGUCGCGCGCCUCCCUGCACCAGUGGGAGCCAGCCAAGACCCAGCCCAUCUCGGCCUGGGGGACACCGAUGACGGAAGGAGGCGGGGAGGAGGACGAGGAGGAGGAGGACCCUUGCGUCAUCUGUCACGAGGAGAUGCUGAUGGACACGGUCACGCUGCGCUGCGGACACAAAUUCCAUCCCGAGUGCAUCAAGAUGUGGCUACAGGAGCAGCGCACAUGCCCCACGUGCCGCAACUACACCCUGCUGCCAGACGAAUAUCCUGCACCUAAAUAAAGAUACAACGAUGACAAGUUUUAUUUCAGCAUUCCCCCGCUACAAUUUGAACCCAUUGGCACCUGUGUUACAUUGUAUAACAUUGAUUGUGUUUAUUCGCCCAUGAAUCCAUACAACCAUAGAGUGUUAGGGCAGUUUUAAGAUAAGUUCAACUAUGACAAGUUGUUUUUGAAAGUUCCCUGUUACAAUUUGAACCCAUUGGCACCCGUGUUACAUUGUAUAACAUUGUGUCGAUUCACCCAUGAAUCCAUAAAACAACAAGAGUGUUGCCGCAUUUUAGAGAUCGGUACAACUAUGACAAGUUGUAUUUGAACGUUCCCGCUACAAUUUGAACCCAUUGGCACCUGUGUUACAUUGUAUUAAACAUUGUGUUUAUUCGCCCAUGAAUCCAUAAAACCAUCAAGUGUUUUGGCAGUUUAAAGAUAGGUACAACUAUGACAAGUUGUAUUUGAAAGUUCCCCGCUACAAUUUGAACCCAUUGGCACUUGUGUUACAUUGUAUAACAUUGUGUUGAUUCGCCCAUGAAUCCAUACAACCAUAGAGUGUUAGGGCAUUUUAAAGAUAGGUACAACUAUGACAAGUUCUAUUUGAACGUUCCCCGCUACAAUUUGAACCCAUUGGCACCCGUGUUACAUUGUAUAACAUUGAUUGUGUUUAUUCGCCCAUGAAUCCAUACAACCAUAGAGUGUUAGGGCAUUUUAAAGAUAGGUACAACUAUGACAAGUUGUAUUUGAACGUCCCCCGCUACAAUUUGAACUCAUCGGUAUCCGUGUUACAUUGUAUAACAUUGUGUUUAUUUGCCCAUGAAUCCAUAAAACCAUAGAGUGUUAGGGCAGUUUAAAAAUAGGUAUAACAAUGAGAAGUUGUAUUUGAAAGUUCCCCGCUACAAUUUAAACUCAUUGGCACCCGUGUUACAUUGUAUAACAUUGAUUGUGUUUAUUCGCCCGUGAAUCCAUACAACCAUAGAGUGUUAGGGCAUUUUAAAGAUAGGUACUACUAUGACAAGUUGUAUUUGAACGUUCCCCGCUACAAUUUGAACUUUUUGGCACCUGUGUUACAUUGUCUAACAUUGUGUUUAUUGGCCCAUGAAUCCAUAAAACCAUAGAGUGUUAGGGCAGUUUAAAGAUAGGUUCAACUAUGACAAGUUGUAUUUGAAAGUUCCCCGCUACAAUUUGAACUCAUUGGCACCUGUGUUACAUUGCAUAACAUGUGUUUAUUGGCCCAUGAAUCCAUACAACCCUAGAGUGUUACCGCAUUUUAAAGAUAGGUACAACUAUGACAAGUUGUAUUUGAACGUUCCCCGCUACAAUUUGAACUCAUUGGCACCCGUGUUACAUUCUAUAACAUUGAUUGUAUUGAUUCGCCCGUGAAUCCAUACAACCAUAGAGUGUUAGGGCAUUUUAAAGAUAGGUACAACUAUGACAAGUUGUAGCUACAAUUUGAACUUUUUGGCACCUGUGUUACAUUGUAUAACAUUGUGUUUAUUCGCCCAUGAAUCCAUACCACCAUAGAGGUACUUGGAGUAAUAGGCAGGGCAGUUUGGGGUGUAACAGGGAUUUGGGGGUUGAAAUGCUGAUGCUUUUGUUGAAGAUUAGAUCAACUUUGUCCUGAAACUGGAUACAUGCCCAUUAUAUGUAUAUAUUAAUACUGCAUUGGUGUCAUUCUCAUUUCAAUUUUUGUUUUCCAUUUUAAUGAUAGUUUGCUCCAACUUCGAUCAGUUCACCAUUUUAGUUAUUUUGUCACUUUUUUUGUUUCGCGGUUUUAGAUAUAGAAUUUGUAUUAAAGUCAGUCAUCAAACUGUAGUUUGUUUUUUUAGAACAAAACAAAGUUAUGCUGUGAUAUGUUUUAAGGUUAUGUGAAUUGAUUUUGUUCUAUCUUUGAAAAAUACUGUAAAGAAAGUGAAAAAGGUUGUGAUAGUACAAGUACAGUGUAUAUACCAUUAAAAUUGGCUCAAACUGUGUGCAGUGUUAUGGACAAGUAAUUGUAAAGUAUUGUCAAAACAUUAGUGAGAAAUUUGAAAAGUUGUGUAAUGGCAAGGCGCACUGGAGGCCUUAGUGUUUUGGUGCAAAAAUAUCAAUAAUGAAAAAGAUGCCAAAAUGUUAAUGAAAAUACAGUCGACUCUCGUUAAUACAAAAACUGUUAAUACAAAUUCUGGUUAUAGCAAACAAAAAGCCUUGAUCUUGACUGUGCAUUUAUGUGCACAAUGAUUGGGACCGACAAUCCUCUUAGUACAAAAUUCUGAUAUAACAAACAUUUUUGGCUAGGUACGGCUGACUUUGUAUUAACGGGAGUUGGCUGUAAUAAGAAAUUAAAAAAAAAAAAACCAGAAAUUGAUGUUACUUUUAGUUGAGUACUAUUUCUUUAUUUACUUCAUUCCAAUUCAGGUUGUCGGUGAAAGUGAUAUUUUGUUAAGAUCUUUAAAAAAACAUCUUAUACAAGUAGUCUAGACUUAAGUAAAAUAUUAAGUAUGUUUACAGUACUGAUAUUCAUAAACAUGUAACACUGAAGGUUUAAGACUAUUUUUUAAGUCGUAUCUUAAUCAUAAAAACGCUCAAGGAAAAGUUGCAUAUGCGCAUGAAGUUAUAAAGUGUAUCUUCCAACAAGUGUAGAUUAGUCCACACUUCUUUAAAAACAUUGAAAUUUUUCAAUAUUUACUGUUUGAAAACUCAUUAAAACACAUCUAAGAUAUGAAGUAGGUAGAAAUGAAUGUACUUUUACUGUUUGUUUAUCAAAGUGUUACAAGCACGAUUACGACGUUUAAACUCAUGUUAUGCUGGUUACAAUAGAGAGUUCUUAUAGACAGUUUUGUGUUACCAAAUAUUGAACAUGCUUAAAACAAAACAAAGAUUGAUGUGUGUUGAAUUUGUAAAUAUGCCUUUGUUUGGAAACUCUAGCUGUUUUGGUGCGUAGAAUAGUUUGCUUUUAGAACAAGGACAAUCUAUUAAGAUGGGAGCCCUGCCCAGGGGAAAAGAAAGGAACUAUUGGUUUUAAAUGAAUUACGAAGAACGCCUGGAUAGAAAUGUUUGAAUUUACGAAGAACGCUUGAAUAGAAAUGUUGUUUUACAUAACUGUCAUAUUUGAGAGCUGGUUUUCUAAAGUACUUGAUAUGUUCCCUCAAUUGGAAAGAUGUUUUAUAGUUUUUAUUGUUUACCUCUGAUACAUAAAUACUUUUGAUGAAAGUCACUUUAUGUUAUGUGUACUAAAUUGGGAAAAUAGUAACUUCAGACAGGUUUUCCUCUUUUUGCAUUUACUUGUGUGAUUAUUUUAACUUGUAAAACAAGAUGAUUUUAAUCAAAAAGUUAAUACAUGUACAUGUAUGUGCUUUACUUUACUACUAUAUGUUCAGUUUUUCUUUUUAGUGGUAAUUUUCAAAACUUGUUUUGAAAAAGUUGCUUAGUAGUUGUGAUGUAAAAAGUGAGUCCAUAUUUUGAAUUCCAUGUGUGAUUUACUUAAUGUUGUUAGAAAAAAGUGUUGGUGUACCGGUAUGAUACAUUUUGCUGUGGUCGUCAUUUUCGAUUUUAACAAGAAAACACAGGAAAAAACUUAGAAGACAAUUUUGUGUUGAGUUUCACGUGUGAUUCACUGAAGUUUGUUAGAAAAAAGUGUGGUUGUAUGAUACAUUUUGCUGUGAUAAUCUUUUUCAAUUUUAGCAA